GUCAUAGAUCGUUUCUUGCAAAUUUGUAUGAUCUUCCGGUACUGAUCAUUCGCCUGUUGGACACCUGUUCUGCAUUUUAAUGACUAUGAAUCCUUUGUGUGAGAAAAUCAUUGAAUUGUCAAGGAGAAAGGAAGAGAGAAAGAGAAAAAGAAAAGAAUCCAAUCACAGAGAAAGUGAGAGCUUCGUGAAGGUAUGACAUGUUCGACGAGCGAUCAGUUCUCCAGCAAUUGUUCACCGAAGAAGAUACAAUGUACAUCAAAUGCUUUCUUCUACUAAAACUUUUUUCACUUGCGAUCACGUUGUCUAUACAUGAUGAUAAUACAAACGGAAAAGUCACACCACUAUAUGCAAGUAAUCUUUCGACAAUUUAUUCCGCUAUGCUAUCUAAAAGGGCAACAGACCAGUCAUCAGACGGAAAUCGAGUAGAUUUUCAAAUAAGGAAUCAUCAGGGUCCAGGAACAUACAUAUUUGGUUUUGAUACUGGACAUGGAAAAAAUCGACAAUACAAAAUGGAAGAGCGUCGUCGGGACGGAAGCGUCAAAGGUCGAUACGGUUUUUAUGAUGCGAAGGGAAAACUCAGAAUCGUCAGCUAUAUCGUGGGUCCCACUGGUGGUUAUCAAGAACGUCAUCACGAGACCAUAACUUACAAAUCAGAAACUUAAAUACCUUUUCUCAGAAAAGACGUUUCUAUCAAAUAAAAUUAAUUCCUGUCAUAAUAUAUCAGAUAUUUAGCAUUUACUAAAACAUAACAAUUACUGAAAUAAAUUUUAAGUUACGCAGAAUCAGCAAAAUAUGUAUUUGAUAGACAGGUAUUGAGUUGAUGCUAAAAUGUUGGGGUUUAAAAAAAAAAAAACUAAUUUUAUUUCUAAUAAUAUAUAUAAUUUAUUAAAAUUUUAUUUAAAU